AUGCGCGGCCGCAAGGGGCGACGGGACGCCGGAGUCAAGCAUCGAGUUUUUAAUAAAAAGUCGAAAUUCGGUCAAAAUUACUGGCUGGGCCUGCACUCCCUGGCCCUGCUGACGCUGCAGGCUCGCUACGAGCUGCGCGUGGAGCUCGAGGACUUUGAGAACAACUCGGCCGCGGCCACCUACGGCUCCUUCGCGCUCUCGCCCACGGCCAUCAGCGCCGAGGAGGACGCAGGUGACUCUCUGAGCUACCACAACGGGCAGAAAUUCUCCACCUUCGACCGCGACCAGGACCUGUUUGCCCAGAACUGCGCCGCGCUCUCCUCGGGGGCCUGGUGGUUCCGCAGCUGCCACUUCUCCAACCUCAACGGCUUCUACCUGGCCGGGCCUCACCUGUCCUACGCCAACGGCAUCAACUGGGCCCAGUGGAAAGGAUUCUACUACUCGCUGAAACGCAGCGAGAUGAAGAUCCGGCGCCUCUGAGCUCACCUGGACGCACUUGGACACAGCUGGACUCACUUAGACAC